GCCAGCUAAGCUGUAAUAUAAUUGGAUUAACAAUAAUAAUAAUAAGCUCCCUUUUUCCUCUUCUCUUCUUCCUCCUCUUCCCUCGUCAAGCAACAAUAAAAGAAGCGGGCGGACAAGAGAUCGGAUCUCGCCUGAAUUCACGUCUCUGUCGCUAGGAAAGGGGAAGCUCUCCACCAUGAAAGCGCUCAUUCUCGUUGGAGGAUUUGGCACCCGUCUCCGUCCUUUGACGCUCAGUGUUCCAAAGCCACUGGUUGACUUCGCUAAUAAACCAAUGAUCCUGCAUCAGAUCGAAGCUUUGAAGGAUGUAGGAGUGACCGAAGUCGUUCUGGCCAUCAAUUAUCAACCAGAGGUGAUGCUCAACUUCUUGAAGGAUUUUGAGAGCAAGCUUGGCAUCAAGAUCACCUGCUCCCAAGAAACCGAGCCACUGGGAACAGCUGGUCCCCUGGCUCUAGCCAGGGACAAGCUAAUAGAUGGUUCUGGUGAGCCCUUCUUCGUCCUCAACAGCGAUGUCAUCAGCGAGUACCCAUUUGCUGAACUGAUCCGGUUCCAUAAAUCCCGUGGCAGCGAGGCAACGAUCAUGGUGACCAAGGUUGAGGAGCCAUCCAAGUAUGGUGUAGUUGUCAUGGAGGAGGAAACCGGAAAGGUUGAUAGAUUCGUGGAAAAGCCACAAACAUUCGUGGGAAACAAGAUCAAUGCUGGAAUUUACUUGUUGAACCCAUCUGUGUUGGACCGCAUCGAACUCAAGCCGACCUCAAUCGAGAAGGAGGUGUUCCCGAAGAUCGCAGCGGAUCAAAAGCUCCACGCCAUGGUCCUCCCAGGUUUCUGGAUGGAUAUCGGGCAGCCGAAGGACUACAUCACAGGCUUGAGGCUCUACUUGGAGGCCAUACGGAGGAGAAAACCAUACAAGCUAGCCGUCGGCCCACACAUCGUGGGGAAUGUGUUGGUGCACGAGAGUGCUGUAAUCGGAGAAGGGUGCCUCAUCGGUCCGGAUGUUGCCAUCGGCCCGGGAUGCGUGGUGGAGGACGGAGUGAGGCUGUCGAGGUGCACGGUGAUGAGGGCCGCCCGCAUCAAGAAGCACUCGUGCAUCUCCAGCAGCAUCAUCGGGUGGCACUCCACGGUGGGGCAGUGGGCGAGGGUCGAGAAUAUGACCAUUCUCGGUGAGGAUGUGCAUGUGUGCGAUGAGGUUUACAGUAACGGAGGUGUUGUGCUCCCACACAAGGAGAUAAAAUCCAGCAUUCUGAAGCCUGCCAUUGUCAUGUAGAGUCGUCAUGAAUGUUUCGUGUGCCUGUUUCCUUCUCCUGCCCCCACUCUUGAAAGCAUACUCCACUAGUUUGCUCCUGUCAUUGUAUGUCUGCUUUUGUAUUGGUUUGCAAGUGUAAGUCCUGCUUUGUGUAAAGAAUGUUUGUGUGUGAUUCUGUAUUUUUCUUUCUCUUGCAUCUUUUUGAAGUGUAAUAAGUUGCGUAAGCUUAAUGAGAACAUUUUUCUACUAUUCAA